AUGUCCUCGAACAUCAAGCCCUUGGUGCUUCACGCGCACACAACUGGCCCCAAUCCAAUCAAGAUCGCCAUUGCUCUCGAAAAGCUCAAGGUCCCCUACGAAGUCAAACUCUGGGAGUUCGGUGAUGACCCCAAGAAUGGCCUCAAGGGAGCCAAGUUUCUUGCCGUCAACGAAAAUGGACGUGUUCCUGCUCUCGAAGACCCAAACACUGGUGUUGUCUCGUGGGAGUCUGGUGCAGUGAUGAACUAUAUCAGAAGAAAGUAUGAUACAGAAAAUAAAUUGGGUCCACAGGGAAAGAGCGAGCAGGAUCUUGUCGACUUUGAGAAGUGGGAGUACUUUUUGCUCACGACUUUGGGCCCCAUGACUGGACAGACGAAUUGGUACAGACACUACAACGAGGUCAAGAACGAGGAUGCCUUGAACAGAUAUGCGGCACAAACACAUCGCUGCUACCAAGUUCUCGAAGGUCAGCUGAAGAAGACUAAUGGCGAGAGUAUCUUGCCUGGUGGCUACACAGCCGUCGAUGCACACUAUGAGCCCUGGGUUCGCCAGCACGCUUAUGCUCAGUUGAGCCUAGAUGACUAUCCAAUGGUCUCGAAGUGGCUGAAGACGUAUGGCGAGACCGAUGAAGUCAAGGCUGCGUACAAGAAGAUUCAAGACGCAACUUCAUAG